AUGACUAGAGGAAAUCAACGAGACACGGAUCGGGCAAAGGCCGCCAAAAAGCAAGCUGCUUUGAACAAAUCUAAAGCAAAGGAAAGUAAUACAUCGCUGGCAAAGCGCAAAGAAGCUGAUGCAGAGAUUCUAAGAGCGAAGCAGAAGGCAUGA